AUGGUAAAUAGGCACCAAGAUGCAGAUGGACUUGUACAACGAAUUCGACGUGAUGAUAUGGCAACAAAUAAUAAUAAUCUAGAAGCCAUGGUCAAAAGAAUUAUGGCACAUAAUGGGGUAUAUGUUGGCCUCUACAGGCCAAAUUAUACAUCACCUUUAUCUAAGUAUGUUCUGCAGUCAGAAUUACCCUCUAGGUGGAAGGUCCCUAAGCUUACCAUGUUUUCUGGGGAUACUAGUGUGUCCACUGUAGAACAUGUGGCCAGAUACUUCAUAGAGGCAGGGGAAAUUGCAAACAAUGAGAGUCUUAGGAUGGAAUAUUUCCCAAGUUCCCUUAAGAAGAACGCAUUUACGUUUCAUCUGCUUAAGGCAAGAUGUUUUACGCAAGUUCCUGAGCAUGAGUUGGUCGAAAUGGAUGUUGGUGACCUUGAAUAUUCUAUUAGGAAGAAGUUAGAUACCCAAUACCUGAAAGAUAUGGCCCAAUUGGCUGAUAGAGUUUGA